AAUAAUUUUGCAUCACUCGCUGUCAUAACAAAUGAAACACGAAGCACGCAAAAAAUCUGCGUUUGGCUGAAAAACUACAUCCUUUUUACAUAUUUGAGAAUUUUAAAUGUUUGUGCUGUUGGCGAUCAUCCGGCCAUAAUUUCUGUGAAACAAAAUUCAAUACACCAGUGUCUGCAAGAUGCCAAAAAAGAUGGGAAUUAACAGCAAAGCUGUGGAAGCUCGCGAACGUAAAGCCGAGGCGAAAAAGGUUGCGAACGAGAAAGCUGCCAAGGCAGCAGAAGAUGCACUAUGGGCGGAUGACGAUAAAUCAAUGGCUAAAAAGAAAAAGCAAAAGGAAGAUGAAGAGCGUAAGCGCCUGGAGCAAGCAAGAAAAAAAGCAGAAGCAAAAGCCUUGCUUGAGCAGGAAAUGAAUUCCAUUAAGACGGCACCUAAGGUAUCUGUACAAAAAAUUACUCGAUCCCAAAUUGACGCUGAAGUGGAAAAACGUAAUCGUGCUAUUGAAACAGUGAAUAACCCACCAAAGCAGACCGUUCCAAAAACAGCUAUAAUCGAAGAGAAUCUGAAUCGCGUCAUGGCCGAAACGGAAGUCGCACAAACAAUAGACCAAGCCAUAGCCGUUCUUAGCGUCAAGGAUGGCGAGGAUCGCCAUCCGGAGAAACGAAUGAAGGCGGCUUUUAAGGCAUAUGAAGAUGAACAGUUGCCAAUUAUGAAACAAGAAUAUCCAUCUCUAAAAUUAUCACAGCUCAAACAAAUGAUUUUUAAGGAGUGGCAAAAGUCUCCCCAGAAUCCAAUGAAUCAGUAGAUUAAAAGUAGAUGCCAAUUUGAGAGGUAUCAAUAUUAUUAUUUUAUUUAUUGAGCUGAAGCAGCAUUUCCAUCGUGGUGCAAUAAAUUACGAGCCGAGACCUCACGAAUAGUGGCUGCCGAUUCAAUGGAUCAUCGAUAAACGACAGUCGCUUGAGGAAAUUGCAAAACAGUAAA